AUGCAGACGAAACAGUACGGCCGCUGGAGAGACGUCCAAAAAUCGUGCGUUGGAAUACAGAUGGCCUUGGCUACUUGCCCGUUUUCUUCUCUCUUUUCUGCUUGCGUUUUGUCGAAUUCGCGCUUGAACGCCUUCGAUACCGGUCAAGCGUUCGAAUUUUUGUAGUCAUGAACGUUGUGUUCAUUUCUUUUCACUUUUCACGUUUGCAUUCGCGAAGGUUUCAGCAUUUCUACUGCGUUGAUCUUGAUGCUUGUUCGUAAGGUAUGGUUGGAUUCACGGAAAAUAAUAGCAGUGGUCUGUCCAAGAAUGUUUCUUACCUCAGAAGUUGAGCUCCGCAGAAUGAUUUUCGCGAGGACUAUACUCAACCAGCUGGCGGGCGGAUCCAACGGUGACCUUCUCAUUACCUUUGCAAUUACCGGCCUUCGGCGCAUUGCGUCGCACGUCCAUCGAUUUUGCUCCGGUCGGCCUUCGCUGACCUGACCGUUUGCCCCCAAUUCCUUUCCUGAUUUAGGAAGAAAAUUCAAAAAUUGACUGCAAUCAUCUUCCGAAGUGAAGAAGAAUUUCCUCUCAAAUGUUUUGACUUCAAUUUUGAAUUUACUCAAAAUUCUUUUCAGGUCUCAUUUCGAAAGGGUAUACUUUUGUAGUUGGCUUUUCAGCUGUACCGUAGUUUUAGUUAUUUUUACGGAUGAUUUCAACUUAUUUUUUUUCAUUCCAGGUAAAAUUAUAUUUUUAUGAGGCUUUUUAACUUUCUGGUUCAACCUUUUUCAAAUGAAAUCUUGACUUCGACGUCAGAAAGAAUAAAAUUUUGGAUGAAAUUCCGCUGCUUUUUUCUAUCAGUUACGCUGGGUAGAAGAGUUUUGGGACUGGCACCAAGUCAUCAAAGGAGGAAUUAACCGUGGGGUCGGAAUCUCGACGGGAGGUCCACCUAUCUCCUCACAUAUCGCCUUUCCCAUGACGAGUGUCCAUAAGUGAGUGGAUCAUGCAAAUUCCAGCCCAUUUCUUCGCUCCUGACCCACUUCUUCCAAUCGAUUAGUUCGAUUGGGCUUUUCCUUUUUCUUCCUCUACUUCUGAAACUAAAGAGUUUCCUCCAAUGAUCGCUCCUGCGUUUUUUUUUUGCAAAGCUUUUCUGAUAAUAAGAAUGCUCUCUGAUUCCAAUGAGAAUUCUGACCAAAAGGCUUCCAUUAUCAAUAAGUAAGAUCAGUUGUUUUUCCCAAAUGGCCUUUCAAUCCCUGAGCCAUUGAAAACUCGAUUUUUGAACUGAAUUAGUCUGUUUUGGAAACCUUUUCGGCUUUUAUUCCAACAACAAUAGACCUGAUAAGGAAAAAAAAAACUUUGCGAGUCGGGUCUUCUUAAUUAAUACAUAAUCGCACAUGGCUUCCGUGUCUUAACUCCGACCAGGGGCUUCUUUAAUUUGCACUUCCAACUUUUUGUUCCUUUUUCGAUUUAUGUUGUCAAAAUUCAGUGUAGUUUUGAUAUGACGAGUUUUAUGGAGGAUUAACAUUUUCCUAAUAAAAAAUAACAGUGGCGGUUCUGAUUUUUGAAGGAAAAAGCAAUUAUAACAAGUUGAGAUGUUUCACCUGUACGCCAGAGCCGUUCCUCAACUUUUUCGAUGAAAUUGACGAAUCUGAGAAGUUCAGAAUGACGCUGGACGUGCGGACGCCGCAGAUGCCUCCGCCGCCGCCGAUGCGCGGAGCCAGCAAUCCGCCGACGGCCAAAGUCACGUUCAAAGGCGCCCAGACGUGGAAGGAGUCGAUCGGCAUGGCUCUGGCUGUCGUUUUGGGCCUCGUCGUCGUUGUGGGUUUUUCUUGGAACCUCCAGCCACCAAAGGAACCUUUAUGUAUUCCUCUAGUUCAUCUUGAAGAGGCCCUGAUAUCUCUUGAAGGAUCCCUGAAGGACAUAUGUGAUAUCUACCGAUAAGUUGAUCGAGGUUCCAUAAACGCGUUGAUCACAGUGACUUUUCUGAGCUUUUUUGUAACUUGUACAGAAAAAAGAAGAAGAAAUUCGUGGCGAAGAAAAGUACGCAAACUGAAGAAAGACAAAAAUGCGACGAGUUUUCUGUUUUAAAUUCUUGACAUUCUCCAACUUUUUCAAAAUAUCUGUGAGAGUGAGUCUCUGUUAAUGAGUGAAAAAAUCCCCUAGGGUUCGGUUCAUGUUUUUACCUGAAAGGAAAAUACCAAUUACAGAUAUCGAUACUCGUUCUGCUGAUAUACGUUUGGCGGGACAAACAGGUCUACGAAGAGCUCGUCGACUAUCUCGACAAAACGAUCAGCAUCUCCAAGAUCAACUACAACCCAAUGAUCGGUCUAUACCAACUGAGCGAGAAGGAGCUCGGAUCUCUCGGCGAGGAACGAAUGGUGAGAUUUUUUCAGAAAAUCAUCAACUUUCCGAAGGUUCUUGCAAAUUAUCAAGUAGAAUUCUUGAAAUUGAAUUUUCUGCAGAGCUCUGUUGUGGAUCAAACGAGUAUUAUUCCAGAUUUUCACGUUUGUCCGAGUGAAUCAGGCGAUUUAACUACGUGGCCUCUAAAAGCCGAAAAAUUCUAGUUUUUAUUUUUUCGUCCUACAAAAGAUUAGAAACAAAAACGAUACGAAACACGUGAAUGUGCAAAAAAUUAAAAUUUUCCGAAAACAAAGUGGAUUUUUUGGACGGGGAAGUAAUUGAUAUGAUUUUUUCUUCUCAAGUUUCCGAGUGAAUUACCAUACGGUAGGAAAUAUUCGAUAUGAUUCAGUACAAAAACCUCCUGCGGACGUAUCUUCUGACCGAUUUUGGAGUUUUGAUUUUCGUCGUUUUGGUCACGUUACUGUACUUUUCUUCGGACGUGGAGUCUGGAACGCCUCACGUCGUUUUCUGGGCAAGUUGAUGUUUUUUUUCCCAAAAGUUGAAAAAUGAGAUAUAGGCCCUCUGUGUACUUACCUUAGCUUGCGUGUUCCGAAGCAAAUUAUUCAUAUUGUGAUUUCUGAAAAGAUCAGCCUUUAAUGGCUUUAUUCAUGAAAAGACCUAAAGCCCAAGAAAAUGAUGCCGGCUUAUCUAAAACGCAUUAACAUUAUGUUGCCACUUCUUGCUUUCAAAUCCUCGGCACGUGUAGUUAAUCCAGAAGAUAUGUUGAAAAAACAACGGAACACCUGAUUUUUGCAACAUUUUUCUUUCAACUAAUCAAAGAAUAUUAUAAUGUUCCGGUUCCUUCUUUUAAAAGUUGUGAGAUCAAAGAAAGGGAGUAAAACUGUGCAAUGCUCCCGGAGACUUUCAAAUAACAUUUUACUAGUCUUGAAGUCGGUUUAAGUUGAACUUUAGAAGAGAAGAGAAUGGUUCAAGCCCGAGCUGUGCUCUGGGCCAGCCGGGCUGGCCAUAGUGUUGCACCGCGGUCGAGAAUUUGCCACUUUUCGAAUCUUCUUCUCUCGAAAGUUUCAUAGAAUGUGUAAAUGGGGAAGUGAGUGAUCCAAAAAUAUUUUAUUUAAAAAAAGUAAUCUGAAUUAUGAAAGGAGAGAUAAAAGUUCGCGAUUGCAACGAUUUUGGGCCGAUUCGGCCAUCAACCUCGGGCCAACGCAUAGCUCGGGUUCAAGUCUAUCAACAUUUCUACAGACUUCCAUAUCAAAUUCACCACGUUUGGACAAAAUUUCGAAUUUCUUUGAGCUUUUUUGCUUAUUUGAACACUCUUCUUUUUUAAUUUUUCUCAUGGCUCUUGAAUUCUUCAAAAUUGUCAAGGCGGAAGGAAGACUUACCCAACGCGAUUCAAAUGUUCGUUCUCUGAAGAAGUUAAUCUAGUCUGGAAUAUUAUUCAGCUGAAGGUUCCUUUCGAAAUUUUUAAGAAGCUUAACUCAAUAUAUGGGCUUCUUGUCGAGAAAAAUUCAAACUUCAUGGGAAAGUUAUUACUGGCUUCUCAAUAACCAAAACCAAUCUGCAUGCGAUUUUCUGGGAACUUUAAGAGUAAGAAUAUUCGGAGAUUUUCAGAAACUCGCUUUCAAAAAAGUACCCAGAAUAGUUUCUCAUUCACCCAGUUUAAAAAAAUCAAAAAUCAAAAAUAGAAUAUCUUUAUUUUUAGUUAAUAUCUUCAAACGUUAUACUUUCAAAUCUGUCGCUGAAUUCGAAUAAAUGGAAGUCAAAAAUGAAGCGAGUUAAAUUUCUUCAGCAAAUUUUUAUGGUAAUUCCUCUUUUUCUCGUUCAAAGUACAAGGGAACACGAUUGUUUUUAUUGAAGAGCCUUUCUUGCUGUUCGCAAACCUCGAGAUCGUUUUUUUUGUUUCCCAAAUCUCGACGACACAAGAUAUCCGAUUAGGAAUGUUAUUCCAUUCUUCAAACCAUAGCUUCAUAACAAGUUGAUUAUCCAAAAAAAGAUAAUUCGAGUGGAUUAGCAAAAUGUUUACAAAUCGUCUGGCUAACGAGCUCGAGGGUAUUGUAGGUUUUGUUGGCCAUUUCUUUCUGAAACAUUUUCUUGUAAUGCUUUUAAUCUGUCUGAAAAAUAAUGAUAAACAGGUUUUUUAUUUAAAAAGUAUCACAACAUGCGAAGAAAGAUUGAUGGAAAGCAGUGGCGACUUGACUUUGAAACAUUUAUUCAAGAACCAGAAAAAAGUGCGCUUUUUUGUCUAAUAGAAAGGCCGAUCAGCAUUUUGUAGAUCCCAUUCGUUGCUAGCUUGUGAUAAACCUGCACAGUUCGCACGGAAGUGUUUUUUCACAUCAUAAAUCUUCUACCUUAAAAAAGUUUUGUUUUUCAAAAAUUUCUAAGCGUUUGGUUAUUCAAUCCUGGGAAUAUCAGCUAUUGAUCAUGGGAACGCUCGAACGCAAAUUUCAGGUGGUGCUGUCUAUUGGAGUGCUGUACGCGGUGGUGCAAGUUCAUGUGUUCACCUUCGCGUUGUCGCCUUACUCGGCGAUGCUGCCGAACGCGACGGAGAAGCUGCUGAACCACGCGAUUCCGCACAACCCGGGCGGUCUGCAGCAGAUGGAGCAGCGUCUCGGCUGCACCUUCGACCACAACCUCUACGCCGCCAAUCGCCGUCGCAUGAAUCCUCAGGUAUUUUCCGCUUCAGCUCUUCCAACUUCUCGAAGAAUGUCAUUUUGGGUUGAAGUUUCCGUGUUUUUCCACAUUUUCUCCCUUUCGAAGGCCCCCGUACAGAUGCAUGCAUUCCCGGUUUGGAUUUUGAUUGUCAAUGUUUUUCCAUUUUCGCCUUAGGCAAACAUCUGUGGAGAGUGAGGGACUCUGAAACUUCAUCAUAUCUUCGAAACAGGAAUCUCUCAAAAAAUAGAGAUACCCUUUGACUUUUGAAGAAAAUAUUUCCAAAAUUCCCCCCAUCGUUUCAAAAUUUUUUCCAUCGUGCCAAAGAUUUAUUUUGAAUUGCCUUGUUUUGUUUUCACUCUCAGUUUUUUUCUGUAAGGUCUGUAAUCUUCAAUUUUCUUUUAUUUUUUGGGCGAAUUCUUGCUUUUCAUCUCCACCCGCACAACCCAUGUUUGAAAAAAAAACGAAAAGAAAUAACCUGUGAUUAGUUUAUAUUAUAUAUUUUACUGAUCGUUGGAAAAAAACAAUUAUGAAUUUUUUUAAACUUGAGUAUUUUUUUCGAAAGUUAUGAAGAAACGUUGGUUGCUGACCGAAACUUUCUUCCUGUUAGAGACCUGACUUCAUUAUUACCUACAAAUACGGUGGCUACAAUUUACCGCCAUUCUGUUUCUUGUAAAUGAACGAAAGAUUUGUUCAAAGCUCUUUCAGUGAAACAAUUUUAAUUUUAUCUAUAAAGGUAGUAAUCUUCUUACCUGAACAUUGGUGUUCCGUCGGAUAAAGUUUCAAACAGUGGAGUAAUAACUAGAGAUGUUUUUUCACGAAGAAAUAGCCAGCGCCGGAAAUCCAAUCAUACUACACAGCGGCCGAACGGGAAGUUUUGGAAGACCACCGUGAACUUUGAAAAAGUUGAAAUAUCAUUUCUUGUACGAUUUUGUUGUUUUCUCUAGUGGUGAUUGUUCUUCGAGGUGCGGGUGGAUUUAGCGUCGAAGCCUUACAUUUCGAGCAAACUUCGAAGAAUGAUCCUAUAUUCCAGAAAAUCCUAAUCCCCAGUCAAAUUAUAUUUCUAUAAAUAGCCAGCUGUGAAUACCAAUCCAGUUUCAAAAAGCAGAAAUUACUGAAAUGAUGACAUUGAAUAUGUUUCAACCCCUCAGAACACGUGCGAUCCCCAAAUCGAGUCGUCGUUCAUCCCUCGGACGGUGCUGUUUGGCCUGCUCGGCGUCCGUCUUCUGCCCGUCGUCUUUUUCUUCCUUCUGCUUCUGAAACGUUCGCCACUUAGUGAAGGGGUCGCCCAGGUCGUGGAGAAACUUCGGCGUCAGGAAAAGAAGCGGUCAGCUUUUCAGGACUUGGAAUUCCCAAAACAUCUUUUGCCAGUGGUGCUGUUCUAGCUGUUCAAAAGUUUCUACUCGGAAAUAAAUUCAAAAUUUUAUUUUAACGCCUUAUGAUUUUUUCGACCUCAGUUGAAUAAAGUUGGAAACCAAUUUCUCUUACGAAUCGCCUUGAUUGGAUUCUCGGAAACUGAGUGAAACUUGCAGACUUUACGUGAAGAAGCAGCAAGACGACGUAGGACCUAUCAAAUCCACGACUUUCGGCGUCACCAACACUCCCCCAAGGUGAUCCUUUCCAGCCGAAACCCAGUUUCUCGAAUUGUCAAUGCCUAAAUAUAAUUCUUGAACCAAUCAGGACUUUUUCUCAUUCAGAAUAACUUCGACUCCUCUCCCGCCGGUUCCUUCGCCGUCGCAACUCGACCACAGUAUAAGGUGGGCUUUCAGUUCUUCUGAUAAAUUCUCAAUAAUUUGCUGAGUUUUUAUCGAUGGACCUUUAGCUACAACAACGCCGCCUACUUUGCGACUUCCGGCGCCUACAAUUCGUCGAGGUCUAGCGAGAUUUCCAGAAUCGACGCCAGUGAACUUUUCAAGUGAGAAAAUUGAACUAAAUAUUGGAAAAUACAGAAAUUUUAUGAAUUUUUACUAAAAGAGUUUUUCCAGUUGAAUCAGUAUUAUUUUUAGGAAUCCGAUCAACCGGCAUGCUUCCGGCAGUCUACAGUCCGAAGUGUAG